AUGGAAAAUCGAGAGAAGCAAUGGGGGUCCGUGGGGGUGGAAAAAAAUCUGACAAGGCAAGGCCUAGACGACAACCUGGAGGAAGCUUUGUUGGCGUACUGGAGAGCGAGACCUGAGUUAUUGGUUCGGAUUUCUGUACAAUUAUAUGCAACACCCGCGUUCUCCCACCACAAGCGAACAAUGCCCAAGACCAGCAAGAAGUCCGAGAAGACCAAGAAGGGAGCUUCCCCCUACAACAUGUUCAUGAAGGAGGAGCUCGCCAGAGUCAAGAAGGAGAACCCUGACCUCGACCACAAGAAGGCAUUCAAGAUGGCGGCUGAGAACUGGAGCAAGCAGAAGGCCAAGAAGUAAACUGUGCUGACUACAAGACUAUUGUAUACUUCUCCUGUCAUCCAUCCUCGAGAAUGUCCUCAAUGAAGCUAGCCGCUGUAUCAUAGUUGCUAGGAAUGUACAGUGAUUUUAAAAUGAAUUUCUCC